GUGUGUCUGACUCCAGCAGCAGGACUGGGAAACACAGAUGUGAGGUGCUCUUCGCUUGUAUACAUACACACACUCCCCCUCAUCCGGCGCGACUCGAUCAACCGACGCGUUUUGCGCACUUCCUGCUCCGGCCGUCAGGCGCACGGGAGGGAGUGGGAAAGAGAGAGAGAGUGAGAGAGAGGGAGAGAGGGAGAGAGAAAGAGAGAGGGGAAAGGGGAGGAAUGCUGCAGGAAAAAUCAGCACAGAUCUGUUGUAUCCACUGAGCGCACAGGCGGAGGAUUCCUCACGCCCAUAAAACGCGACCGAGACAAUCAGACGGCGAGCCCCAGCUGCUCGGGAAGAAAGAAGAUCCAUGAAUGGCCAGUUUGGUUUAAUCUUAUUUUCUCUCUCUUGAUGGAAGAGGACUAGCUGGAAUGCACCGCUGCUGCUGCUGCUGAAGACCUUCACGUUUCAUUCGGGGCCGUUUCCUCUGAGCUCAAGAGCUCCGCCAAUUUUUGUUGACAUAUGUUACGUUUGCCUGCUUUAAGCAUCGCCCUGAUUCCAGCUUCUUAUCGCUUGUAGAAUAAAACUCCACCGAGAUUCUGGUCAGACACAGAAGAAACGCACAGAGGAGAGGGGAAUCGCUUGUUUACGCGCAUUCACGAUCGUAAACAAAAGCAGGAGAAUCAAAGUCCUUGCUUUUCCUGCUUGUUCCUUUUGCGCUCGUUUGCGCUGCAUUCAUUUCCAGAGAGUCUGGGUCACUGGAUUGUAGAUAUAUAUAUAUAUAUUUUUUUUUUUUAAAAAAUCAAAGCAGCAUCCAUUGAAACUGAUCCUUACUAAUGACGUGAUGGUAACUACAUGCGAAACAUUUCCGCAGGAUUAAAGUUUGACACCGUGAAGGUAAGCAGUUGCCUGUUCUUGCAUCAUCAUGGUUGUUUUCAACGGCUUGCUGAAGAUAAAAGUCUGCAAAGCUCUGGACCUGAAGCCCACACCAUGGUCAUUGCGGCACGCCGUUGGCCCCAAGACCCAGACCUUCUUGUUGGACACAUACAUUGCCCUCAAUGUUGAUGAUUCCCGUGUGGGCCAGACCUCCACCAGGCAGAAGACCAACAGCCCAGCAUGGAAUGAUGAGUUUGUCACAGAGGUAUAUGAUGGAAAGAAGAUCGAGCUCUCGGUUUUCCAUGACUCCCCGAUCGGUUAUGAUGACUUCGUGGCCAACUGCACCAUCCAGUUUGAAGAUUUGCUGCAGAAUGGCAGUAGACACUUCGAAGACUGGAUUGACCUGGAGCCUGAGGGCAAAGUCUAUGUCAUCAUCGACUUGUCAGGAUCCUCCAGUGAAGCUGCUACAUCUGGGGAAAAUGAAGAACGAGUGUUCCGUGAGCGCAUGCGACCCCGUAAGCGUCAGGGGGCAGUACGCAGACGUGUCCAUCAGGUGAACGGACACAAGUUUAUGGCCACAUACCUCAGACAGCCCACCUACUGCUCCCACUGUCGUGACUUCAUUUGGGGUGUAUUAGGAAAACAGGGAUACCAAUGUCAAGUUUGUACCUGUGUAGUCCAUAAAAGAUGCCACGAGCUCAUCAUCACAAAGUGUCCUGGGCUAAAGAAGCAGGAUGACACUCCAGAGGAGGUUGGCUCUCAGCGCUUCAGUGUAAACAUGCCUCACAAGUUCAGUAUUCACAAUUAUAAAGUACCGACCUUCUGCGAUCACUGUGGCUCUUUACUCUGGGGGCUGAUGCGACAAGGUCUGCAGUGCAAAGUUUGUAAAAUGAAUGUUCACCGGCGUUGUGAGACUAAUGUAGCUCCUAACUGUGGGGUGGAUGCAAGAGGGAUCGCCAAGGUUUUGUCUGAUCUUGGAGUGACACCAGACAAGAUCUCUAACAGCACCCAGCGCAGGAAAAAGUUGGCGCCAGGGCAGGAUGCCCAGCCAGCCACCUCAGAGCCAGCCUCAUCAGAAGAAUCUGAUCGCUGCAAAUCAGCUCCGACAUCACCAUGUGAACAGGAGCUGGACGAGCUUGAAAGCAUACGCAAGGCUUUGUCUUUCGGUCAAGAGCACAAGUCUUCUUCAUCCUCUUCUUCCAUGGCUACUGGGCUCCAGGGCACAGUGAAUGAGGGCCAUGAGAAUGGAGAUGUGAAGAUUGUUCAGUCAAAGAGGAUGAGCCUUGAUCACUUUUCCUUCAUCAAAGUGCUGGGCAAAGGCAGCUUUGGGAAGGUGAUGCUAGCUGAACUGAGAGGCACAGAUGAGGUGUAUGCUGUGAAGGUGUUGAAGAAAGAUGUCAUCCUGCAGGAUGAUGAUGUUGACUGCACUCUGACUGAGAAACGCAUCCUCGCUCUGGCCAGAAAACACCCCUACCUGACCCAGCUUUUCUGCUGCUUCCAGACCAAGGAUCGGUUAUUCUUUGUUAUGGAAUAUGUGAACGGAGGAGACCUGAUGUUCCAGAUCCAGCGCUCGCGGAAGUUUGAUGAGGCCCGUUCACGUUUUUAUGCUGCUGAAGUCACAUCUGCCCUCAUGUUCCUGCAUCAAAAUGGAGUCAUCUAUAGAGACCUGAAGCUUGAUAACAUUCUUCUGGAUGCCGAAGGUCACUGUAAAUUGGCGGAUUUUGGCAUGUGUAAAGAAGGAAUCCUGAAUGGUGUCACCACAACCACCUUCUGUGGCACUCCAGACUACAUUGCCCCUGAGAUCCUUCAAGAGUUGGAGUAUGGCCCAUCAGUCGACUGGUGGGCUCUGGGCGUGCUGAUGUAUGAGAUGAUGGCAGGUCAGCCACCGUUCGAAGCUGAUAAUGAGGAUGAUCUGUUCGAAUCUAUUCUCCAUGACGAUGUACUCUACCCUGUUUGGCUCAGCAAAGAGGCAGUCAGCAUCCUCAAAGCAUUUAUGACGAAGAGCCCGAAUAAAAGGCUGGGCUGUGUGGUGUCUCAAGGACUGGAGGAGGCUAUUAAAGUUCAUCCCUUUUUCCGGGAGAUAGACUGGGUCCUGCUGGAGCAGAGGAAGAUCAAACCGCCAUUUAAACCACGCAUUAAAACCAAGAAGGACGUGAACAACUUUGACCAGGAUUUUACACGUGAGGACCCUGUCCUUACCCCUGUGGAUGAUUCCAUUAUAAAGCAGAUCAACCAGGAUGAGUUCAAGGGCUUCUCCUAUUUUGGAGAAGAGGCGCUAUCUUAAAUGUCAGCCUCUAAGCACCUGU